CAGGCAGCCUGGCAGUUUUAGCUGCCUGCCGACCCGAUCCGGGCUGCCCCGCGGAAGCAACGGACCAUGGACCGAAAUGACGUGGUCGAGGAGAAGAUCCGCACCUUCGUGCGCCAGCGGCCCGCGCUCCCCGACGAGCCCGUCCCCCAAAGCACCAACCCGCCGCCGCCACCGACUUUCCUCGGCGGCGGCAUUGAUGUGGACGACGACUGCCUGGACGUGACGGAGACGUCGAUCUGCUACACGGCGAACGACCAGCAGCGGUGCUAUGAGGUCGACGGCGGUUUUGAUGGGGACGGUACGCAAGCCGAAGUCUACGAGGCGACGGCGCGGAGUAUCGUCGACGCCGUCGGUUCUGGGUACAACGGCACUAUUUUAGCGUAUGGCCAGACCGGUUCCGGUAAGACGCACACGAUGCGCGGCGGCAUCUCGGUUUCGGAAGCGGGCAUCACACCGCGAGCGUUGUUGCAGCUCUUCGAAUUGCAAAAACAGAGCGACGCGACGCUGACGUUUUCUUUGAGCUACGUGCAGAUUUAUUGCGAGCGUUUGUCGGAUUUACUCGGCAACGACACCGACGAAUUGAGCAUCAGGGACCGGCCGGCGCACGACGGCGGCGGUGUUUAUGUCAGAAACGCUACGAGGGUCCCGGUAACGACGCCGCGACAAGCUCUUGAUUUAUUAGCGGCGGGCGACUCGAAGCGCGCGACGGCUUCUACACUCAUGAACGAGUUUUCCAGCAGAAGCCACGCCGUGGCCCUGUUGCACGUGGAAAGAAAAACAAAGGACUCUUUACAACGAUCAACAUUAACACUGGUCGAUUUAGCUGGCAGCGAGCGCCACGCCGCCUGCGCCGGGCGCUAUAAACGAUUAGAGGAGUCGCGCGCCAUCAAUUUAGGGUUGAGCGCAUUGGGCAACUGCGUGAGUGCGCUGGCCGAGCGGCGGCCCCACGUGCCGUAUCGCGACUCGAAAUUAACGCGGUUGCUCCAGGCCUCGUUGGGUGGCACGGCGCGCACGGCGCUCAUCGCGUGUUGCGCGCCCGGCGGCGACGCGACGGGCGAGACGAAAUCGACGCUAGAGUUCGCGGCGCGCGCGCGCAAGGUCGUGGUCCGGGCGGCGCCGCGCGACGUCGCCGUCGACUACCAGUCGUUGUACGAGGAGGUCAAGGACUCGAUCGACGACUAUAGAACGAGGGAAAGAAAGGCCUUGGACGAAGUGGAAUCACUGAAGGACAAGGAGGAGGCGACACAACAAAGAAUCUUGGAGUUAGAACGGGAGAACGACGCCCUGAAACAUGCGCUGCAGCGGCAACAACGACCUGUGGUAGAGGGCGAUCAAGUGGACGUCAUCGAGCAGCUCCACGCGAAAUUCAACGACGACACCGAGGAGGCGGAGCGCCGGCACGCGGCGGAACUCAGGACGGCCCAGUCAAGAGCUGAUGCGAAGAUCAAGGCGUAUCGCGACGCGGCCGAAGUGUCCGCCCGAGAGUGCGACGCGGCCGAGGCAGCAUUAACGGGCGAGCGGGAGGGCCAUCUAGCAUCCCUGAAGGAACUGAGACGGGUCAAGGCCGAGUUCCGCGAGACGGAGGCGCGGCACGCGGCGCGCGUCUCGGAAUUGAUCGAGGAAGUCGCGGCCGCGAAGGGCGAGGGCGAGGCGAAGGCCCAGGAGGCCGAUAAAGCCGCCGACGCUUUACUGAAACGCGUCGAGACCCUCGAGGUGUCGCGCCAGGAGCAGCUCGAGACCGAUUAUGUCUCAAGGGACGCCGUCGCCGAGAUGGAGAAGCUCUUCCGGUCGACGAUCGACGCGCUCGCGGCGCGGCUCGAGGACCUCGAGGGCAAGCGCGUGUCGGACGUGGCCGCGGGCCGGUCGCGGGGCCGCGUGUCGGCCGGCGCGCGCGCGGUGCUCGAGUCGCUCGACGCGGGCGAGGACCUGCCGCCGCUGCACGAGCGGUUCGGGGGGCGGCGGCGCGCGAAGCCCCUCGCCACGCAGAACAUGCCCCGGGCGCCGCCCCGACGGCGGGUCUCCGCCAAGCCUGCGAUCCCGCGCUUCUACUAGUACAGUAAACAGUA